AUGGCCGCUCCACCAAUAUACAACCCGGUGGUGCCAUGCGUCCACCCCAUCCCCGGCGGCAUGUUCCCCGGCAGGAUGAUCCGCUUCCAGGGCAGCGUGCCCCCCGGCGCGCAGAGGUUCGCGAUCAACCUCCAGUGCGGCCCCGGCACGGACCCCCGCGACGACAUCGCCCUCCACCUCAACUUCCGCUUCGUCGAGAUGUGCGUGGUGAGGAACCACCUCACCUCGAUGAACUGGGGCGUCGAGGACACCUCCGGGGGGAUGCCCCUGGCGAGGGGCGAGCCCUUCGAGGCGCUGGUGCUGUGCGAGCCGCAGAGCCUGAAGGUGGCGCUUAACGGAGUCCACUUCUGCGAGUUCCCCCACCGCCUCCACUACCAGAACAUAUCCCACUUCACCGUAGACGGGGACGUGAUGCUGCAGUUCGUCGGCUUCGAGGGCGCCCAGGCGCCACCUUCUCAAGUGUUCAUGUCCGAGCCACCGGCGUACGGCUCCUACGGGGCUCCGCCCCCGGUCUACGGAGCGCCCGGGUACAGCGCGCCACAAGGUUUCUAC